AUGACCGAGUCAUCUGAGAUACGACGAGAUAAUGUGGAAAGGCCACGGACACCACCGGGGACGGUUUAUUUCGGAGAGGGACGCAUCGAUCUUGACGGCGUCGAACAAGAUUCCGACGGCCAUGUUAUUCUCCAACCACAACCGUCAAACGAUCCAAAUGAGCCAUUGAACUGGCCCACUUACCAGAAGGCCAUCAACUUUUCGAUUGCUUGCCUUUUCACUUUGAUGGUUUUUGCAACCCUGGACGUUGGAACAGUGACCUGGCCUUCCCUGACAGAAGAGCUCGGAUAUGGAUCGAAGUAUCUUAAUGACAGCUAUGCGUCUGGAUUGGCAGGCAUGGCUGUUGGAUGCAUCUUUUUCAUUCCUGCGGCAGACCUAAUCGGGCGGAAGCCUGUAUACAUCUUCGCUUCGUUCAUCUUGGUGCUAGCGAAUAUAGGUCAAGCGACGUUUCAAACCCGCGUCCAGUAUAUCGUGCUACAGGCGAUAGCGGGGCUCGCAGGGUCAGUCAACGACACUAUCAUUCAGAUGACUAUCGUGGAUCUCUUUUUCGUGCACCAGCGUGCAACGAUGAAUGGUAUAUAUUCCACCAUGGUGGUGGUUGGCACAUACCUGAGCCUCAUUCCAGCCGGAUAUAUUAUCAAUAGUCAGGGGUGGCGUUGGGUAUGGUGGUGGUGCGCCAUUCUUAACGCACUGGUACUACUCCUGAUAAUCUUCGCGUACGAAGAGACUCGCUAUGGCAGGCCCGCAGGUAACUGCUAUAUUGGCGAAGACCCCCCGGGGGCACUGGGAACAGAGGAGAAGCAGACUGCAGCUUCUGAAUUCGACAAGGAAAAAGUGAUACCAUCCCCUUGUGACACCAUCCCACGGAGGGCUGUAGAGGAGCCUAUCCCGCCACGGAAGACAUAUUGGGAACGGAUCACUGCACUUGGGCCUACCGACAGCAUCAGCUUCAAAACAUACUGGCGGCAUAUGUGGACCCCCUUUCUCCUGUUCUUCCGCAUCCCAGCAGUGGCCUUUGUGGGUAUCGAAUAUUCUCUCAUGAUGUGCUGGGUGGCCAUCCUCGCCACAACACAACCUAUCCUGUUUGCCGAGCCCCCUUACAACUUUUCAUCAGUGGGCGUGGGUAAUAUUAAUAUUGCACCUUUCAUCGGUGCCGUUAUCGGGUCCAUCUAUGGCGGUCCUCUUAAUGACUACUAUGUCGUGCACAUGGCCCGGCGCCGAGCCGGAGUCUAUGACCCAGAGCUCAGACUGCAUAUGCUACUUGUGCCCCUGGUAGUCUGCCCCCUAGGUCUCUUCCUCUACGGCAUCAGUAUUGCCAAUGAACAACCGUGGAUUGUCCCAUUGAUUGGAUCCUCAUUUGUCGGCUUUGGAAUCGGAUCGGUAACAUCGAUUAUUCUCCCAUACUAUGGAGAUUCCUAUCGUGAGCUUGUCGCGGAAGGUCUCGUUGUCAUUACAUUCAUCCGCAACCUAGUCUCGAUGGGUAUCUCAUUCGCUAUCAAUCCGUGGAUGAUGGGGCUCGGAGUUCAGAAUAUGUUUAUCAGUGCUGGAUGCGUGUGUUUUGGCACCAUGGUCUUUAUCAUUCCCAUGAUGAUCUGGGGCCGAAAGGCGCGUAUCAGUACCGCCGACUAUUACUUGAGUGCCGUGGCUGCCGGUUAG